CAGCGCCGGUGUUUUGUCAAAUUCGCUUACUGCUCGUGCCGAUAUACGGCCACAUUUAACCAACUGCGGCCAUUAAAGCAAAUUUCGCAAAAUGUUCAAAAAAUUCGAGGAAAAGGACAGUAUCUCAUCGAUACAACAACUUAAAUCGUCCGUACAGAAAGGCAUACGAGCCAAACUAUUGGAGGCAUAUCCAAAGCUGGAAACGCACAUUGAUUUAAUACUGCCCAAGAAGGACUCAUAUCGCAUUGCCAAAUGCCACGACCACAUCGAGCUACUGCUAAAUGGUGGCGGCGAGCAGGUAUUCUUUAGGCACCGGGAUGGCCCAUGGAUGCCCACGUUGCGUUUGCUGCACAAAUUCCCAUACUUUGUGACCAUGCAGCAGGUGGAUAAGGGUGCCAUACGAUUUGUGUUAAGCGGCGCCAAUGUCAUGUGUCCCGGCCUAACGUCACCGGGCGCCUGCAUGACGCCAGCGGAGAAGGGCACAGUGGUUGCCAUUAUGGCCGAAGGCAAAGAGCAUGCGCUGGCAAUUGGCCUGCUGACGCUAUCCACAGAAGAUAUUUUAAAAGUCAACAAAGGCAUCGGCAUUGAGACAUAUCAUUUUCUCAACGACGGCCUCUGGAAAUCGAAACCCGUUAAGUAGACAGCAUAGCACAGCACAGCACAGCACGCCAGGCAUGGCUAGCUUUGGAGCUACAGCAGCGUUCGCCAUGCAAUCGUCCUACUUAGUCUUCGAGAGCAAAAGAAUGUCGUUUUUUUUUUUUUUAUUGCAGCAUAUGCAAAUUCGAUUG